AUGGGGAAUGGGACGUCGAAAAGUGUGAAUGACAUUAUUGAGACUUUUGCGACAGAGAAGAACAUUAAUUUGAAAGACGUCAUUUCUUCUUUAACAAUCGAGUUCACCGACAACGACCGCAUCAAACUCUUUGAGUCUGCUACUCAAGACGUUUCACCAAUUUUCAAUGUGACCAAAUACCUCAUCGACAAUUUUACUCAAAGUGUUUCUAAUGAAAUUUUCAUGUUGGAAGUGUUGUUGCCGCUUUGUAUGAGACAUUGCUCGAGUGAGACUAUUACUAGUCUUGUGAGUAAAUUGUUCUAUAAGAUAUACCCACCAGAUCAAAGCACACAACACCUUUUAUUAGUCGCGAUGUCAUCUCCUUUAUAUGGGAAAGACCAAGUUGAUAUCAAACUGAGUGCAAGUGACCUCUCGCAGGCAUUCAUUUACUUUUUGAGACACAGCGAGUUCUCUACAGUGUUUUUAACACUUGCUCUCCGAAAUGAAAGGAACUUGGAAGGCUUUUGCGAAGUGAUGAGAUCGAAAAACAUUGGAGAGGUCUUUGAAAGCUAUUUGCAAAUACCACUGAGUGUGUUGAGUAUUCCCUUGUUCUUCAUUUUAAUUGACAUUUCACCACCUAAAGUGCAGAUCCUCCUCGACAACUUGGCACUUGGUAACACAAACAAUUACUUGUGCGUGUUACCCGUCUUGCAGGCACUCAUUAUAACUACACAAAAGGAAUUUGUACCUCCGUGCUUCUUCAAUGUUUUACUCCCAUUGUUGCUUCCACCAAACCCCCCAGCUGUAUCGGACGCUGUGUGUGGCGCUCUUUAUAACGCAUCACUCUUUGUAACGGAGAUAUCAACGCACGAGUCUGAAAUUGUCGUCCAAAAGUUGAUUCUCUCGAGCAGUCCAGAUGUUCUGUCGUCGACAUCGUGGCGUGUGUUAAGGAUGUUGGGCCGCAUUAUUCAUCGACUUCUGCAUAACAAGAAUUACAACAUGUUAUUUGCACUACUGAAAGAAGAAAAGGAAAUACAUCAAAUCACAGAGAUCAACUCGAAGCAGCUGAAGUUGCCACAAUCUGUGAAAGAGUGGAGCGACCACGAACUUGAAAAUUACAUUGAGGAAUCCAAGAUAUUCAAGAUCGAUGAAUACCUCAAAAGGAUCUCAACAGUAGUUGUGAAGAGUGACGACUUUGAGAAGAAAAUGUUGAUGUGUCGGAUGACAGACGACGUCGAGACAAGUCAACUUGAACCCAAUGGGAAAGCUUUAGAAGCGUGGGGAUGGGAUGUGUAUAAACGCGAACUUAGCGAGCGAUAUGGAAAUGUGUUUUGGAAUGGGUUUAAAUGA